UCCGCCGGUGAAGGUCACAGCGGCCGGACUCGCCUUCCCCAUGGCGGAGCUCGGCGGCCCGGACGGGGGCCGGGACCCCGCGGCCUCCGAGCUGCAGCGGCUGGUGGCGGCGGAGCAGCAGCGGGCGCAGUUCACCGCCCAGGUUCAUAACUUCAUGGACGUUUGCUGGGACAAAUGUGUGGACAAACCUGGCUCAAAGUUGGACUCCAGAACAGAAGGCUGUCUAGCCAGCUGUGUGGACAGAUUCAUUGAUACCACGUUAUCCAUCACUAAUCGCUUUGCUCAGAUUGUACAGAAAGGAGGACACUGAUUACUGCAUUUCCCAACUCUGGACAACCCAAUCUUUCCUAUUCAGGUCAAUGGACUUAUCAGCUGUCGGUGGAGCAUCAUCACAUGUUCUAAGCUACAUUUUAACUGAUACUUUCACAAAAUGCAGAAGUGGUUGAACAAUCAUUUGCGGAAAGCACAAUUGUCCCUGUGAAUUCUUUAGCUGCACUGAACUGUUCAUAAAUGUGUCAUCGUACUGCAAUUUAAUAAACCAUCAGGAACACUUGUCCAAACAAGUCUUGUGAUGUGACAGUAUAUAUCGCUGCUUUUCCAUGUCUUUUAUCUAAUUAGAGGAAAGUAGAGAAGAGAUGUGCUUGCUACUGACACAGGGGAUGGGCACAGUAUCUUAGCAUCAAAAUUAAAUUUAAAAAAUGUAAUAUGAAUAUAAAUGUUUUCAAUGAACUAAUAAAUGAAUGAAAACAC